GGAAAAGCUACCUGGCUUACAUCCUGAGGAAAAAUAUAAACAGGGAAGACGGAAGGAAAUCAGCUGUGUCAUUUUCCUGUUACAACUUCAGACAUUCAGCAAGAUUUGAUUUAGGAAACUGGGCUUUGAAUCCCGAAUAUCAAAAUGUCGCCCCCAAAAGUCAACCUUGCUGGAAAAGAGCCACUGCAGACUGUCAGUGAUGAGCCGCUCCCCGAGAAGGGUGAUGGCCUUGAGUUCCCGGCCGUCAUCAAUGUGGAGACAGAUCGCAGGGUCCAGAGCCACCGCAGGGACUGCAAGAGGCAGCGUGCCAGGCGGAUCAUCUGCGGGAUUUCCCUGGUGAUCAUCGUGGCUGUUGCUGCCCUGGGCACAAUGGCCCUGGUCCACCGUCUGCGAAAACACCACCGCAGGCACAUGUCGUGUCGCUAUGGCAAGGGACGCCUUCCAGAGAACGUGGAUGUGGAUGAAAUGAACAAGCUGAUCAAGGUCCAGCACGACCGUGACGAAGCCUCUCAGGCCAAUGCCAUGGAGAUGCUGCACGAGUACAAUAGGCAAAUGGUGGCCUACAAAGAUGUGGACAAGAAAGUCUGCUACAUUGACCGGCUUGACGAGACUUUUGAGGAAGGCUAUGAGCGCUGGGAGUCUUAUGAGAAGAAUGAUCGCACCGAUAAGCGCACCCUGAAGGUGAUCAGCAAGCCCAUCGAGGUUGAUGUGAUGAGGCAUGUGAUGGACGUUCAUAUCACUGCGCACUGCUCCGACUCUAAGUCUGUUUGGGUGAUGGAGAUUGAGGAGAAAGAGGUGACCUCCGAGAUGGAAGUGAUCUACGUGUGAGGCUGAGACGCUCAACACACUCAGCCAACUUUAUGGUCUUCAGUUUCAGCAAACUCGAAAGAGCAAACUGUUGACUUGCGCUUUUUUUUUGUUGACUUUUUGCUUGUUUUCUUGUGUAGCAUAUAUAUUUAUUUUUGUUGAUCUUUUCGUUGAGAACACAGAAGCUUUACCACACCCUGAGAGAGCAUAUUCUUUGAUAGAAGUGUGUUAUGAAAUCUUGUCUUCAGGUACGCAUUUAAAGAGGAGAAUGAAAUUGUAUAAACAUGGCUUUCGGAUGUCUGCAUGUAUCUCGACAUUCUCAUUGAUUUGGCUGUGCUAAUCUGGUGAUUUUCAAAGUGAUUUAUUGAAAAUUAUGCUUUCGUAAAUUCUUUUGUUUUUCUGCUAAAGUGAUUACAGGAUUUACAAGAAGAGCCUGCUGAGACCACCAUCUCAUAUCAAGAAGUUUCAAAUUUUUGUUUAUUCUUUUUUUACGUCUUGUUCUUGCUUUUAAUUUUUCUUGGGAAUCUCUGAAUUUACAAACAAAACAAAUCAUGAUGUUGGUGUUGCCAGCUGUAGUACUUAACGUAUAUGGGCUAUUUUGAUAGAAAAAUGCGAAACUAAAAAGAUCAUAACAAUUGUUGUUGUACUCAGAACUGGUUGUUUUUUUUUCAUAAUCUCACCUCUGUAGAUGUUUCUAGUGAUGUUCCUGACUUGAGUUGAGUCUUUUGAAAUGCAUGGAGAGUCCUUGGAUUUUAUACUUCUUUUUUAUUCUCUCACUUUUUUAAAAUUACCAAAAACAGUGUGUACAUUUGUAUUGUAUUUGAAAGUGUCUCUGUUUCCCAGAUAUUUAUUUUUGUUUUUACAAGUAUAGUAAUCAUAUACCUUAUAUAACGCUCACAGCAAGUCCAAAAACAUUGCCAUUUUUAGAUAAGGAGAUUUGUUUUUCAAUAGGAUUUCCGAAGGAUCUGCAGCUGAUCAUCUACCGUCCAUUGAAUCUCUCGAAUGGGUUACUCUCCCAUUAUCUGAAGUUAAUCAAAAGUAUUUUUUCAACUUAUUGUUAUUGAAAAAAAAGUUUAUAUUUGACAAGCUCUUUGUGAAGAAUAUAUCUGUUGAUAAAAUUCAGCUUCUCUGUACAUUGCUGGGAGUUUUUUAAAAAUCUUUUGACUAGAUCACCUCACACAGUGUGUCUUGUUAACGUACAUAGUAUUAGUUUAUUGUUGAAUACAUUUUUUUUCUUCUACAUAUAUUUUAUCUAACUGGAUUCCUGUACGGUAAUGUUUGUAAAAUCAAAGUCACUAAAGAUAAGCCGGUCGGGCUCCAUUUUGAUAGGGAUAUUGUCAAUAUGUUGUUCCGGGGAUUAGUACAUUUUUUUUUACAACCUGAUAUCAAAAUGAAAACAUUCCAGAAUUUUAUUGUGAUGCAAUACAUUAUUACUUAAAAUGAGACAUUGUAAUCAAGCCGGAAAUUGUUGUGAAUUGCACUAUGCAAAGCCUUUAUUUGAAAAUAAAAGAUAGUAUUCGGUUUACAA